UGAUAUUCGGCCAUGGGAAAGCUAUUCAUCGGAUGGACCUCGACGGGAAGAACCAGAGAAGGCUUGUGGCCGGGGUGGGAAGCUCCAUCCUGCUCGACUUUCAUUUUAGAGAGGAGAGAGUUUACUGGGCUGACAAACACACCGGGGUGAUCUACAAAGCAUCAGUGAGAGGAGCACACAGACAGAAACUGUACUCAUCAGACAAACAUAUCUCGGGCCUUGCAGUGGAUUGGAUUUGGAACCGUGUCUAUUGGACAAGUGGAGAAAAGGGAAAAAUCAAGACAAUGGAUAUAAAUGGGAAAAAUGAAAGGACUCUUUUAAGACACUUGACCCAACCAAGUUCUAUAAACGUUGACCCCACAAACAGGUUUCUUUUUUGGCUGUCUGGUGGGAUGACUCCAAGUAUCCAGCGGUCUGAUUUGACAGGACGGAUGAAAACGACACUUAUUAAGAUAGCAGAACAACUGGAAGCACUGUCGAUAGACCGAGAAGACAAAAGACUGUUCUGGGUUCAGUUCGGUCUAGAAGGAGAAAGUGCCAUUGCCUCUUGUGAUUACAACGGGAACGUCCUGCACAUCAUGGAUCAGCCCCUUUGGUCUCAGUCACUGGGGAUAUCAGUUUUUCUGGAGCACUUGUACUACACUGAUGCUGCAUCUCGGGUUAUAAAACAAGUAAACAAGCACACUGGUGGAGAGCCACUUGAUGUUAACAUCAAACAAAUGGCGAAACCCCCAGUUGAUAUCAAGGUGGUGCAUCCCCUCAACCAGCCAAUGGCAGACUCCCAAUCAUCAUUUCCAGGUUGCGACGAACAGAGUGGAAACUGCGUGGAUGUGUGUUCCAGUCUAGCCGAGCAAGGCACGUGCCAGUGCAGUGAAGGCUUUGCUCUCAGUAAGCAAGGCACUUACUGUGAAGAUGUGAAUGAAUGUGCCCACUGGAACCACGGCUGCUCUCUUGGUUGUGAAAAUAUCCCAGGCUCCUAUUUCUGUACCUGCCCUAAAGGAUACGCCCUCCUACCGGACAGGAAGACAUGUGGAGAGAUCAUACCAUGUGAAGGCAAUGUCACCAAGUGCGGCCAUGGAUGCCUGAUAACAGAAGAGGGUGCUGUCUGUGUGUGUCCAGAGGGGUCUGUACUACAGGAGGAUGGACAAGCCUGUACUGGCUGCUCGUCUGCAGACAGAGGAGGUUGCAGUCAGCUCUGUACUCCCGUCACCCCUACUAGGUGGCAGUGUGGUUGUCUGCCUGGCUACCAGCUCCACCAAGAUGGAAAGCGCUGCAUUGCCUCUGGACCACCACCUUAUCUACUAGUUGCCAAUCUAGUGGAUGUACGACAAAUUAAUCCUGACGGCACAGGGGAUAAAACCCUUGUGGAGGAGCCCAGAGGAGCAAUCAUAGCUUUGGACUAUGACCCUGUCCAGAACCAUAUGUACUUUGCUAGUACAAGCCAGAAGACAAUUGAGCGGGUUGAUUUGAACAGUGGGUCGAGAGACGUUCUCGUCUCAGAAGGUUUGGACUCUCCAGAAGGACUGGCGAUUGACUGGAUCCACCGCAGGAUGUACUGGACAGAUAAAAGCCAAUCAACUGUUGACUGCAGUUCCUUGGCUGGACUGAACAGAGAAACCAUUGUAAGCAAAGGGCUGGAAAAACCGAGAGGAAUCGCAGUUCAUCCUUUGGCAAAGAAGUUGUUCUGGACUGAUAUCGGGGCCCAGCCUGUCGUGGAAAGUGCCUCUCUGGAAGGGAAAGACAGAGCAGUCAUUGCUAGCACCAACCUCGUGUCACCGAGCGGCCUGACCAUCGACUUCACGGAGGAUCGUCUGUUCUGGUGCGACCAGAGGAGGGGCCUGGUGGAGACUGCUGCUCUGGAUGGUUCGGAUCGACGGGUCCUGACAGAGAACCAAGUAGGUCGACCUUUUGACCUCGCAGUAUUUGAGGACAGGUUGUGGAUAUCUGAUCGGGAGCACCAGCAGCUGAGGAGCGUACACAAGCGGACUGGGAGGAAACUGCAACGUAUCCAUGGCAACAUGGUCCAACCAGCAUCCAUUGUGGUGGUUCAUCCCCUUGCUAAACCAGGAGCAGAUGUUUGCCUUCACCUGAAUGGAGGUUGUGCCCAGGUGUGUGAAAGCAAACUGGGAUUUGCCCACUGCUCCUGUCGGUCACGCUACAUACUGUCAGCUGAUGGAAAAAGUUGCUCGCCUGCCGAUGCUUCGAAUGGAACAGCAGAGUCUGGAGACAGUGAAUCGACUGAUUUAACGUCUCUCAAAAACAAAACCUUCAAUGAUGAGAGCACACCUGUGACAACAUCUGGGCUGUCUGCUGAUGAAGCCGAGGCUGAUCUAGACUCUGAUGAAGGCCGUGAGUCAACUCUCUUCACAGACAAGAUGGUUUCAGACCAGAAUGAGUGUGACUCGCUUCGCUGUGAUGUAAAUGCACAGUGCGUGCUGAGCGCUGGCAGCCCAACCUGUCAAUGUCUAGAAGGUUUUACAGGUGAUGGACAGGUGUGUGUGGAUAUUGAUGAGUGUAAACAGGGAACGCACAAAUGUGACAAAAACGCAGAAUGCCAAAAUGCCAUGGGAAAGUAUCUCUGCAGGUGCCAGGCUGGAUACCACGGCAACGGGAAGACGUGUCAAGAUUUGGAGACCACGUCGCCAUGGGUGACGACCAGUAGCCCUGCUGAUGUCACCACCCGGCCCCACAUCAGUAACUCAGUAGAAAGCUGCCCCUCCACCCACGAGUCCUACUGUCUGUACCAAGGUGUCUGCUUCUACUUUCCUGAAAUGGAGUCCUACGCUUGCAAUUGUGUAUCAGGCUACAUGGGGGAGCGUUGUCAGUUCAGUGACCUGGAGUGGUGGGAGCUUCAGCAGGCGGAGGAGGAGAAGAGGAGGAACGUGGUCAUCGCGGCCUGCAUGGUGGCGCUCGUUUCACUGCUCUCCAUCGCUGCCUGUGUCACCUACUGUUACGGAACUAGAACAUUCUUCCAUAAACAGUCCUCAGUGGAUGAUGUGAGUGAGACCAGCGUGACAGAUGAGAGCAUGUCAGAGACCACCACUACCAGUGUGCCCCGGUUCUACAUGGUGGCAGAAAAUGGUGUGGAAGGAAUGGUCAUCCCGGCCAUGGGCUGUCCCAGGAGAGCGGUCUGUCCGUCCUGCUCUUCAGAAACAGGUGACAACCCUGUGUCUGAAGAGUCGGGAUCAUUUUCCCAACACAACAGAGGCUAUGAGUGUUCCAUGGUGUCAGCCGUUGCCAUGGAGACCACGCAACCCACUGUCCACGACUCAAGUCCGUCACUGUCAAGAUCAUAUACUUGUACGUCUUUCAAGCCACCACUGCUCUCCCAGACUCCCAGCCCAGAGUCCCCUGCCUCCUAGUUUACCAGAGAGACCAACACAGCUGUACAGAGAAACACACACACACAUACAUAUAUGGUAGCAUCUGGUUGAUGUGCAAACUGCAAAUUAUGAGUUUCAUUCCUAAAUGAAAUACCUCACAAAUAGCUUGCUACUCUCACCUGUAGAUUUCUAUAUUAGACGCACAAUUUAUUAAUGCCACGCCAGUUCAUGAAAGCUAUCGUAAACACAACAAGUAUCUGGUAGCAUUACCCAGAAUAAAUAAAUUGGUGCGCAGAAAAUGAUGUAUAUUACAAGAUGUAGUGACAACAAUUCGUUCGACACAGAAAAAAAACUGGCUAGUUAGCAUGACAAAGCAAAAAGCUUCAUGUGCAAAGUGUAAAACUGCACCAAAAGUGAUGCAAGGUAAAAGGAAACUAUAGUCAACGCAUUAAGACUGGUAAGUUACCUGAAGCGUAGUGCAAAAAACGAACAGACCCAUUUUCCUAUAUAAAGUAUUUGGAAUGAAACUCUUCCCUAUUAACAUUUACCUAAAUAGCAUAUAUGUAAAAUGCAUAUGAACAGGAUGGCUUUCUUACAAAGUUCCAAAGUAGAUCUAAACUAUGUUAUCAUAUUACCAAGUGUUGUAAAAGUUAAAGAAGGCAAAAAUAUGGAAAACAAAUCACAUACGCGAAUAAAGACAAUAAAACCUGGUCAUCAUUUUGACGUGAAAAACCACUUUCACUUGCUUGCUUUUGAAAAUAAAGAAUAAGUACUGCUUGUCAAGUUAUCAUGAGUCAUCUAAGAAAAACAGCUUGAUUUCUGUUUCUCUAGCAUAAAUACUAGGACCUUAAUUCACAUUUUAGUUCCAAGUCAAGUCAAUGCAAACCUCAAAGGCACAACUUCACCUAAUGUGUUUUGCAUGUUUCAAGAAUUUGCUUUGCUCAGAAUGGGGUUGUCUGCCAAAAUAGUUGUACUCCAAAGGGUGUUUUGAAUAUUUUGUAUGUAUUUUUUCAACUACCACUGAAUAUUUGACAAUGGAAAGGAUCACAAUCCUCAUAUCAAAUGGUGUAAAUGCAGUUUGUGCACAAAAGCAAACUAUGUUUCUGGCAUGACCAUUGUUAUGUCCGUUAUGUUUCAUCUGCUGAAUAAACUUUGAAUUACCAUUGCAACGUUUUCUCCCCCCAAUUAUCAAAUAUCUGAACACCCUUCUCAAAUUGCUUGGAUUAAGCUGGUGCAGGAGAGUAUAAGAACAGAAUAACUGCUUGCUUGUGUUAUAAAGGGAUGCAUUUUGUUUUGUUGUUUAGAAAUCACUUUUAUGUUUUCCCCCAUUUGUUCUUUAUUUCAUGGAAUAGUUGUAUGUGAGAGUUUUUCUUUUAAGGGUAUUGUAUGGUAAACUCCACGAGGGGCUUUGUUGGGCUCGAUUUACAGUAUAUGCUAUAUUACCUUCAAAUUCAGUUGCUAUCUGAGUGAAACAAUUUGUUGCUCAUCUUGGCAAUCAGCUCAAAUAAACAAAAUGUGAUGUAAACCAUAUAAAAACAGCAAAUGCAGCUGCCUGAUAAUAUUUAGCCAAACAUGACAGGUAGCACGUCAACACAACUCAGCUAACACAGCUCACCUGUGAUAUUAUAUCGUUAGCCAAUUGAAUAUUUAUUUUUAUUAAAAAGACCUUUGUUUACUUGUGCCAGAGCUCCAUUUAUAUCUAUGCUUUUAGGAAUAAGGUGAGGGUACACUGAGCUGGAUUGCUGAUUAACUGAUGAUUGACUGAAUUGGAUAGCUUGGUUUGGAAAGGGAAGGUAUCUUGUUAUUGAUUUCUAUCUAAUUUCUUGGCAGUACGAGUUUGGGAAUAUUUAUUUGGAAAACACAACCCCUUCUAGAGUUUUCAUUCACACUGUAUUCAUUUCUCUGAUUAUGUAUUUUUUUCCGCCCUUAUGUGCUAUAACUGGAAUUACAGAAUUGCAAGAUGAGGCUUGCUUUUAUUUCCAUCAAUAAAACUAUA